GCGGGGUGCGGGGGGGGGGGGAGCCCCCUUCCCGGCCUGUGUGAAGCAAUAUAAAAUGCGCCCAUUUGCUGCGCGAACGUGCGGGCGCCACCAGGACAGCCUCCGGUCCGUUGGGACCCGGAUCGCGGCUACGGCAAUGGGCCGGCGGGGAAAAACAUCCGCGCGGCCUGUGUGUGUGUUGGUAUGUUCCGAAAUAUGGUGCCACAUGUGUCAAAUUGCACGCCGGCCGGCCGCAGCGCGGGGCCCCCUGCGGCGCCCCCUCGGCGGGGGCCCUGGCCAGGCGCGUGUGCUGAUGUGUUCGCCCCGGGGCGGGUGUUGCGCCUCCUGCCUGUUUUCAUUGUCCGGUCAUGUCGCGCAUUUCCCGGCCGUGUUUCAAAUGAUCCAUCGGCCAGCGCCUGGCUAUUGUGUUGUUGUUUUUUUUUGGGCCUCACCGCGCGUGGCCGGCCGGGAUUACGCCAUCGCUCGCGCGGGCGCGACCGCGGCCGGAACAAAUCCCCGGCACAUCCGCGGGGGCGCGAGCCUGGGGCGCGUUUGUGCCACCGCCGCCGGAGCGUCGUCCUCGAAGGCGCCGCCGACGGGGGACAAUCUGGGGAGCCUGGGGGGGGGGGGCACGAUGCUUGGGCGGGGCGUCGGUUUGUUAUUCUUUUCGCCCCGCCAGGGGCCCGUCCCCGGGGGACUCGGCCACCCCCCCUCGGAGCCAAAAGUCCUCAGGAGCGGGCCGGCGCCCAGCCCGCCGCGGCCGUUUGUCUGCUUGCUGGUGGAGGGCCUGUUUGCGAGCGCAUACACACGCGCGCCCGGUGUCCCGGCCACCGGGAGGCAAGCGCCCACUCAGAUGACACACGGAGGCCAAUAUGGCCAGGAAUGCGGGCCCAUCAAGCGUGGCGCCCCGGAGGCCUCGCCCCGCGGCAGAGCGGAUGAUUGGCAUCUUCCCCAGACACUGCCUCCGGCCCGUGGUGUGCAUCCUCCCGUCGUUCCCUCCUCCCGCGCGUGUGGGCCCGCUCGCGGCCUCUUCCCUCCCCGGGCGGGGUGCGCCGCCACGCGCCUGUCGGGCGCCAGCGCCUCCCGACCGGGCGGGCAAAAGGGCCCCUGCUGAGGGCCCGGGUGGGCUGCGCGCAGUUCCGGCCAAACGCGCCCCUGUGCUCCCGCCGCUUGCCCGCCUGUAGGCCGUGCUCUGCGUGCUUUUGCUCCCCCCCCCCUCUCUCUCCCCGCCCCUGCCGCCUGCUCCGCCGGCUGUCCGCGGCCAGGUUGCCCGGCCGCGGGCCCGCCCCUUCCCCUCUUCCUCCCCCGCUCCCCUGCCCGCCCAUGGUGAUGGCGAAGCUCGGCAGGCUGGGCGCCGCGCCGUGGCGGCCCUGGCUGCCGCUGUGCGUGGCCCUGGUGCUGUCGGUGCUCGGGGGCCUGGCGUGGCUGCCGAGCUGGACCCGGGCGGCCAUCCUGGCCGACCCGGACGCCGACAUGCCGGAGCUCCAGCCCCAGAGGUCGGCCUACGACGUGGGGUCCAUGUACGCCUCGGCCUUCGGGCGCCUGGACCCGGCCGGCCGGCUGGUGAGCUACUCCCUGGAGGGCGGGCGCUACUUCUCGCACCGGGAGGCCACCCAGCAGGCCCUCCUGGCGGACAUGCGGCUGGGGGCCUUCUUCUCGAGUGCCCUCUCCGAGGAGGUCACCUUUGCCGGGUUUUCGCCGGGGGCCGCCCCGGCGAUGGUGGGAGUGGCCGGCCCCGGGGCCGCGCCGCUGUUCGCCUGGCAGGACGGCCAGGCGGUGGGCUUCUCCUCGGCCGAGCAGCGGUACCCGGCGCCGUACGGCUUCGAGUCGCCGCCGCGACUGCUGGCGGCCUUCGCCACCGGGGCCCAGGCCGGCCAGGUGCUGGUCGGGGCCGGCGGCCUGGCGGCCGUCCUGACCCUCGAGGCCGGCAGCUGGGUGGCGAAGGCCGCGUGGCCGGUGGCGGGGACCUCCGGCGCGGCCGGCCUGGCCGGGCACUUCUUCCUGGCCACGCCGACCGGGUGGGUGUGGCUGCGGCCGGACCGGUCGGAGCACGCGGUGGGCCUCGGCGCGCCGGUCCUGGACCUGGCGGCCACGCGCUACCUCACGGCCGACCCGCGGCGCUUUGACCUGGUCGUCGCCACGGCCACCGAGCUGCUGAUCUACCUCGGCCUGGGGGAUGACGGUGCCUGGCGGGAUGUGGUCAUCGAUCGGCUGCCGGCCGCGCGGAACAGCCUGUCCCUGUCGCCGGUGCCGCGGGUGCCGCUCAUCACGGCCCCCACCGGGUUCCUGCAUGUCAUCCAGGCCGGGAAGGUCCUGUGGCGCGCGAAUCACCACCCGGCCCGGCCGCUGUGGCAGCGCAUGCGCUCCUCCGGCGGCAUGGACCUGUCCAAGAUGCAGGCGCUGCCGGUCCUGAUGGAUGGCGUGCCCGGGCACCGCCCCGAGCAGUGGGCCCUCGCGGCCUCCGGCCAGGUGUUCCUCCUGGAGGGGCAAUUCGGCUGCCAUGGGGAUGACCCGUCGAUCGUGUGCAAGCCGAGCCCCUCGCUGUGGGCCUGUGCCCCGGGGCGGGCCUUCUCGCCGCUGCUUUCCUCGAGGGAGCUGUGCGCCGGCUGCGCCGACGGCUACCAUCAAGUCCCCCUGUCGGGGCAGCGGUACGAGUGUCGUCCCUGCCCCGGGGAACAUUGCCGAGCCUGCUUGGCCGGGGUGUGCACCGCCUGCAGCGCGGGGUUCCUGCUGCAGCCGGCCGCGGUGGCCGGCGCACCGUCGGCCACCUGCGUGGCCGAGUGCGCCCCGGGGUUCCAGCCCCAGGGCGAGGCCUGUGUGCCGCUGAGCGUCCCCUCGGUAGCGACGCACUUUGCACAGCUGCCGGCCACGUCCACCGGGCAGACCAUCCUCUCGAUGGCGCGGACCCGGGCCUUCCUGAAGGGCGACCGGCUGUAUGUGUCGAAUGCUUCGCUCUCGGCGCCGGAGCCCGUGAACGUGCUGGUAUGGCUGAGUGACAAUACCUUCGGCCUGCUGGACAUGCCGGUGCUGAUGAGCACCCUGCCGAAUGCCGUGCUGUCGGUGAGGCCGAUCGUCGGGCUCCUGCCUCCUGUGGCCCCGCAAUUCCAGCACAUGGCGGAGCUGGGCCCGGUCAGGCAGCCCGAGCACACGGCUCACCUGGCCCUGGUGGCCAUUUCCACCAUGGCGUGGGGCUACUCGCGAAUGGGUUGCACACUGCCCGGGCCGGGCCCGACCGACGAGUGCAUGCUCGCGUUCCAGCCGGGGGAGGUGCCCCUGCCGAGCUUCACCGCCUUCGGGCCGCUGCAUGUGCUCUCGCCGACGGUCCUGGUCCUGGGCCGGCACUAUGUCAUGCUCGGGCCGCAGGGGGAUGUCGAGGUUGCUGCCGACCCGCACCUCCGGGCCUGGGACCGGCCAGCCAUGGCGACCCAUGUACACCCGGCCACCGGGCAGCCGGCCUCCUGGAUCUACCGGUAUGACACCCACUCCAGGAGCCUGGUGGCCCAGCCGUGGGAUCUGGUCCGCCUGGGGGACAGUCGGCUGAGGCUGUCUCGGCCGAAUAUGGCCAUCCCCGCCGGCUCGGCGUCCGGCCAGGUGGCCCGGGCCCCGGUGGGCGGGAUCGCGCCGGCUCGCGCCGAUGUCGCCGGCAGCAACCCCGGCCACGGCGGUGGCGCCCACCUCGUCAUCGAACCGGGCAGCGCCUGGGCGAUGGUGUCCAUGCCGCCGGGGGACACCCGGGCCCGGGUGUCGCCGGGGUCCGAGUAUGUCCUGCUGAUGGGCCUGCUGAGCCACGGCGACAAGUGGUACUGGGGCAUGGUCGGCCAUGCGGGGCUGGAGGCCCAGGGCCGCACCCGGUCCAUGAGCGGGACAUCGUACCUGCUGGCCGAGCUGCCGGGCCUGUCGGAGCAGGGCGGCCUGGCGGCCUUCCACUGGCUGGUCCUACAUCUGGAAGGGGUCCCCGACCAUACGUCGGCCCUGGUGCUGCUUCACCCGGACUUUGUGGGGAUCAUGCUGCUGCACUGCCCGUCCGGGGAGUUCGCCUGCCGGCCCGGGGCGCGGGGCAUUGCCCCGUACCCGGCCUCCCUCGGCCGGCUGGACUACAGCUCGCUCGGGGUGGUGUCCUUGCCGCGUGGCGGGGCCCUGCCCGCCGGCCGGGAUGCAUCGGCCGCCUUCCUGCUGGUGUCGCGCCAGGCCCCGGCCACGGGGUUCGUGGUGCAGGUGGCCCCGGCCGAGUGUCCGGCUCGGACGCAUGGCCCGCAGUGCGCGCCCUGCCACCACUCCUGCGAGACGUGCACCGGGCCGCUUGCCGGGGACUGUGUGCUUCCCGUGUGCCCGGUGUCGGUGGCCUCGCAUCCGGGCACCUGCCUGAGUGCCUGCCCGGCCGGGCUACAGAUCGACCAGCGGGGGCACUGCGCGUGCGACAGCUCGUGCGCGGCCUGCGCCAGCCCGGGCCCGGGGGAGGCCUUCGUGUGCACGGCCUGCCCCGGUGGCAUGGCCGUGGAGGUGGCGGCCGAGGCCCCGGCCACCCGGUGCCUGCCCUGCCACGGGACCUGCCGGGAGUGCUCGGCGCCGGGCCGGGCGGCGGCCUGCACCGCGUGCCGCGACCCGGGGGCCCUCCUGCGGCCGGAUGGCACCUGCGUGGUGGGGCCCUGCCCGGGUGGGACCUGGCCGGAUGCCCGGUCGGGCGAGUGCGUCCGCUGCACGGGCGGCUGCGCGGAAUGCGCCGGGCCCGAGCGGUGUACCUCCUGCCGGGCGGGCUUCCUCCAUGAGGCCACCAUGGGCGUGUGUCUGGCCUGCGCCCCGGAGUGCGGCUCAUGCAGCGCCAGCACCACCGAGUGCGAUGCCUGCGGGCCGGGCUACCGCCGGGCGGAUGGGCCCCCGCCGGGGGGGACCCCCUCGGCCGGCCGGUGCGUGGCCUGUCCGGCCGGUUGCGCUCGGUGCGAUGACGGGGGCCGGUGCUUGGCGUGCCGGCCGGGCCAGCUGCUGACCCCGUCAGGCACCUGUGUGUCGAUGUGCCUGGGGGGGCUGGCGCCGAACGCCGACAUGACCGCCUGCGAGGCAUGCCACCCGGCGUGCGACUGGUGCCAGGCGCCGGGGCUGGCGACCGCCUGCUUGUCCUGCUCGCCGGGGCUGCACUUGCAGCCCGCCCCCGGGGCCGCGGGGGGGCCGGGAUCGUGCGUGGCCGCCUGCCAGGAGGGCUUCUGGUCGUCGGCCGGCGUGUGCGUCGUCUGUGGCGAUGGGUGCCAGGCUUGCGCGGACCGGCAGUCGUGCGACCGGUGCCGCGCGCGGCACUUCCCCGCCGGCGAUGGGACAUGCGGCCUGUGCGAUGGGACAUGUGCCUCGUGCAGCGAGCCGCUGGCGUGCGACACAUGCGCCCCGGGGCGCCAUUUCCCGAGCGCCGACCCGCUGGUCCGGAGCCUGUGCACGGAGGUGUGCCCGGCCGGGGAGUUUUUCGACGCCCAGGACCACCGGUGCCGGGGCUGCGCCGGGACCUGCGCCACGUGCCUCGGUGUGGCCGACUGCACGGCCUGCGUCUCGGGGCACGGGUGGGCGGCCGGCUCGUCGGUCAAGUGCGCCCUCUGCCCGGCCGGGUGCCGGGCCUGCCUCCGGGCGGCCGCGUGCGACGAAUGCGAGGCCGGGCUCUUCGUGACGCCGGGGGGCGGCUGCGCGGCCGCCUGCCCGGGGGGGACCUUUGCCGAUGUGGCGACCGGCCGGUGCGCCACAUGCCAGGCCACCUGCGCCGAGUGCGCGGAUGCCUCCUCCUGCACCGUGUGCCAGGGGGGCCUGGUCUUCCUGGAGGCCGGGCCCGGGGCGCUGUGCACCGGGGCCUGCCCGCCGGGGACCUUUGUCGGGGCCGACCGGUGCAUGGCGUGCGACCGGUCGUGCAGCCUGUGCACCGGGCUGGCCGACCGGUGCGAGGCCUGCGCGCCGGGCUUCCGCCGGGCCGAUGAUGCGCCCGGGGCCGGGGCCGGGGCCGGGGCCGGCGAGUGCGUGGCCUGCCCGGGCGGCUGCACCGGCUGCACCCGGGACAUGUGCAUCGGCUGCGAGGAGGGGCUCCUCCUGACGCAUGGGGGCGCCUGUGUGGCGGCCUGCCCGGAGGGCACCUUCGGCGAGGCGACCUCGGCCACGUGCCAGCCAUGCGCCCUGGAGUGUGGGGCAUGUGUCGGCCCGGGCGCCGACCAGUGUACAUCCUGCGCGCGGGGGAUGGACGCCUGGCCGGCGGCCGGCGACCAGCUCUUUGCCUGUGUGCCGUCCUGCCCGGCGGGGGAAUAUCGCCCGGGCGAGGAGCACACCUGCCUGCCCUGCCAUGAGUCGUGCUCGGCCUGCAACGGCCCGACCGAUGGCGACUGCUGGCGAUGCCAGGAAGAGGGGCAGGUCCUGCAGGAUGGCAUGUGCCAGAUUGAAUGCGCGCCGGGGUUCACCUCGGUCCAUGACCGGUGCGUGCCUUGCCAUGCGUCGUGCGGCGCGUGCGCCGGGCCGCGGGUGGACCAGUGCACCGUCUGCCGGGGGGGGCUGCUGGCCCUGCCGGCCGGUGCGCCGACCGGCCGGUGCGUGAACUCCUGCCCGAUGGGCAGCGGGCGCACGGCGGCCGGCUGUGCCGACUGCGCGGAGCAUUGCAGCAGCUGCCCGGGCGGGGCGGGCGCCUGCGCGGUGUGUGCACGCGGGUGGCUCCUGGCCGGGGCCGGCUGCGUGGCCAGCUGCCCGGCGCGGAGCUUCGACUAUGGCGGCAAGUGCGAGGCGUGCCACGGGGACUGUGCCACAUGCGGCCGGCAUGGGCCGACCGGCUGCACCGCCUGCCCGGGGCCGAGCCCCUGGCUGCAGGGGGGCCAAUGCCUGGCCACCUGCCCGGGGGACACCUUCCCGGAGGGGGGCCAAUGUCUGCCCUGUCAUCCGGCCUGUGCGGCGUGCGCCGGGCCGCAGGCCGCCCAGUGCAUGGCCUGCCAUGGCGGGGCCUUCCUCUAUGGGGGGACCUGCCUGGCGGCCUGCCCGGGGGGCUACUUCGCCGGGGCCGACCAACGGUGCCAGCCAUGCCAUGGCCGGUGCCUGACCUGCCACGGGCCCGAGCAAGACCGGUGCCUGUCCUGCCCGGGCCUGGGGCUGCUGCACCGGGGCCAGUGUGUGGACGCCUGCCCGGCCGGCAGCUUCGCCUGCAUGGGAUCGUGCGAAAUGUGCGACCCGCACUGUGCCCGGUGCACGCCGGUGGCCGCCGGGCCCGGGGCGGGCGCCUGCGCGUCCUCGUGCGAUGCCUGCGAGCCGGGCUUCCUCCGGGCCUUCGCGACCGGCGCGUGUGGGCCGGCCUGCCCGGCCGGCGAGUACUCGGCCGGUGCGGGCGCCUGCGCGCCGUGCGCCGGGGCCUGUCGCACGUGCGUCGACCGGGCCACCGUCUGUACCUCGUGCCACGACGCGGCGGCCUGGCUGCGCGUGGACACCGGCGCCUGUGUGGCCAGCUGCCCGGAGGAGGGCCUGGCCCGGGCGGAGCUGGCCUCGGUGCCGGGGCGCGUGUGCCUGCCCUGUCCCCGGGGGUGCCUUCGGUGCGCCCAUGCCGGGGCCGGGGGCUGCGCCAUCCUGCCGGCCGGGCCGCUGUCCUGCCCGGUGGUCGAGGCGUGCGCCUGGUGCGAGGAAGGGCUCCUGCUGAGCGCCGGCGGCCAGUGUGUGGCCGAAUGCCCGGAGGCCGGGUACUUCGCCGACUGGGCGGCCGCGCCGCCGGGCUGCACCGCGUGCCACGCCCAGUGCAAGGCCUGCAUCGGGCCCGAGCCCGGGGAUUGCCUCGGCCGUGGCUCCCCCGGCCGGCGGCUUGCGCUCAUCCUGGGCAUCAGCCUGGGGCUGCUGCUGCUGCUGCUCAUGUUGCUGGUCCUGCUGUGGGUGCUGCUGUUUGUGCGCCGGCGGCGGCAGCAUGCCCUGGACAAGGACCCGGCAGCGGGCGCGGACGACGAGCAUUCCACCGUGAUGAACACCAUCGUGGAGCUGUCGCUCCCGGGGCGCAUCCUGGUGAAUGUGGCGCAGGACUUUGCCCCGGUCGGGGGGGACCCGCUCGGGGCCGGGACCCAGGCGUCGGUGUUCGUGGCGCGGGCCGUCAGGGCCGGCAUCGGCCGGCGGCUGGGCUGCCCGGACGUGGUGGCCAUCAAGCAGAUGAAGGCGGCCCAGCUGCGGCCGGCCCAGUAUGCCCUCUUCCAGGGGGAGGUGGCGCUGAUGUGGCUGCUGCGCGAGGCGCCGAAUGUGGUCCGGCUGUAUGGGUACAGCGAGCAGCCGCCGGCCAUCGUGAUGGAGUGCUUCGAGACGGAUCUCCGGGCGCUGCUGCACUCGGACGUGCCCCUGGCCCAGGGCACCAUCUUGGACAUCUGCCAGCAGUGGGCCUCCGGGCUGGAGGCCAUGCACCUGGCCGGGGUGGCGCACUGCGACCUGAAGCCGGGCAAUGUGUUUGUCAGCCAUGCCCCCGGGGCCGGGUGGCGGGCGGCCCUCGGGGACCUGGGCACCAGCCGGAGCCUGAAUGCCGACCGGUCGUCGGCCCUGGUGAACCGGGCCCCGGAGCUGAAUGCGCUGACCGCGCGGUACGCCGGGCCGGAGGUCCUGGCGGCCUUCCGCCAGAAGCGCUCCCUGGACCCGGAGCUCCACCUGAUGGCGGAUGUCUACAGCGCGGCCAUCAUGCUGUGGGAGUGCCUGGCUCGUCGGCUGCCAUGGGCCGACAUGGGCUUCGAGGAUAUUGCCUCGGCCGUGCUGGGGGGCCAGCGCCCGGAGAUCGCCUUCUCCGGCCCCCUGGCGGACCUGCUGCCGCUGGCGUGGGACACCGAGCCGUUUGCCCGGCCCCCGGUGAUGGCCUUCCGGCAGAAGCUCACCAUGGCCUGGAUGGCGGCCGCGGCCGCGGAGUAGGCUUGGCCCCGCCAUCCGCGGGCCCCUCGGCGUGUGGGUGCUGUGCCCUCCCCCGGCCGGUGACCCUCUGUGUUGUGGGCUCCUGCGCGGCGGCGGGCGGCUCGCCGUCCGGUCGAGGGGCCGUGCGGCGACGCGCUCCGGAGGCGGUGCACCCGGGCCCUCCUGGCAGGGGCUUCGUCGCCUCUUGUACAUCUCCCCCUCUUUUGUUGGUAUACACACUGUUCCUCCGCCGACCA